CAUUUAUGCAAUUUGAGGUUCAAGCUAAAGAUAGUUAGUGAGAAAUGGAUUGCAGAGUCAUAUGAAGAGAAGGUAAUUGAAAAUCCAAGCAUGGGUGGAGUAGAGUUGAAGGCACUGAUUAAGAGUGACUUGAAAAUAAAUGUAUCUGCUAGUAUGGCCACAAGGGCUUUGAGGUCUAUACACAAGAAAACACAAACAGAUUUUAAAGAUCAGUUCAAGAAAGUAAGGAAUUAUGCAGAGGAAUGUUUGAGGUCCAUUCCAGAUUCAACUGUGGUGAUUCACACAACCAGAGUUGUCCCAGAAGCUCCAUCUGUUUUCCAACGCAUUUACAUGUGUCUUGGCCCAGUCAAACGAGGUUUUCUACAAGGUUGUAGGAAGGUAAUAGGGUUGGAUGGUUGCUUUUUGAAAGGACAACUCAAGGGUGAGAUAUUAACUGCAGUUGGGAGGGAUGCGAACAAUCAGAUGUUCCCCAUAGCUUGGGCUGUUGUUGAGAUUGAGAACAACUCCUCAUGGACAUGGUUCUUAGACCUAUUGAAGAAUGACUUGCAGAUUACUAGGCCAGACUUAUGGACUCUCAUUAGUGAUCAACAAAAGGGUCUAUGUAAUGUCAUUGCUAAUAUCUUCCCUGAGGCUGAGCAUAGGAACUGUGCUAGGCACAUACAUGCGAAUUGGAGUAAAUCACAUAGGGGGAUGGUGUUCCGGAG